AUGUUGCCGCCGCCGGCAGACGAAGACGCAACAUCAGCAGACGAGGACGUCGCCACCACCAUCAUGUACGCCAGGACAGUGUCUGGCCCCGUUAAAGAGUAUUUGAUUUAUACUAUACGUUUUACGUUCUUCGAGUUCAUGCUGGAUUACACUUUGGGGGUCACUUCGUUUUACAGCAACCGUUUUGGAGAGAUGAAAGAAGAUCCUGUAAGUAUGACAUACAUAUACGCAUAG